AUGUCUCUACAAAGUGACUAUGUCGACUAUGAUGUCUUUUUGGACAUCAAAUUUGAUCCAAUUGCGUUUGCCAACACUUUAGUGGUUGCGACCAAUGCGCCAAAUGAUGCCGAAGUCGAUCUGGCGACCCCUGCAAAGCGUCUUGGGUACGACUUGGCUGAAGUGAAGGAGCGUAUUGAAAAGUUAACUACAGACAAGUAUGACGCGCUUAUAACUGAAGGUGUAAACGUGCAAGAAAUGAGCCGAGCUUUGGAACCUUUAAAACCGGCAGUGGAGAAUUUGACUGCGGCGUACGGGAAACUUCAGCGAGAUAUUAUGGCGCCAUUUUAUCAGGCACAACACAUUCAUGGCGCGCUACGCAGACUGCACGCAACUACAGGACUGCUGCGCUCACUGACAUGGUUCUUAUAUCUGGUGCGCCAGGUAUCAGCAAUCAUGGAUCCUCUACUGACUAGUGACUCUUCAUCGUCGUCUUCACCGUCGUCGGCUCCACGAACGGCUCGUCAAGCCAAUUUGUUUGCAAUCCCUGAUGGGCGACUAUUACUGCGAGCUGCCCAGACAGUGAUAUCGCUGCACAAGCAGUUGUCCAUGGAGCCUGCUUUGCGGUCAGUUCAAGUGAUUAGGACAUUUGAAAGUUCACUACUGGGGAAAUAUGAAGCCCGGUUGACUCAGCAUUGCCAAAAUAUUAUUCGGUUUUACACUUUAACCUCAGCAUCAACAGUACCUUUACCGACAAGUAAUAGCAUUAAUGUGGAUGACUAUGAUACCCUUGCUGCUCACGCGGCCAGUGCACUUGCGAUUCUGAACCCAAAUGCACUUGUGGGUUCUCUUGUGCGGUUUGUGGAGAGCCAAGCCCAGGCUUCAGUAACAGAACUUACUCGGUCACUGCCAUCUCUCAAUCUGUCCAUGCAAGCGUUUACAAAUGCGCUUGGGACGAUUGCUGAUCGGGCUCGGUUUGUUGGACGGUACGAGAACGCAUUGCGUCAUUCGAUUUCUGAUGAUAUCUUAUCGCGUGCAGUAGGGAAGUUUGGCGACAAGGCUGAGAGUCUUGUGGGAGAAUAUUGGGCGGACUUUGCAGAUGCGGCAGAGCAACGAUUACGCGAGUUUGCUGGUAGCAACAAUAAUAUGGCAACAACUAUCAGAUUUAAAAACUACCCUAGCUCAUCCACACUUGUCGAAACAUAUGUGAUCAAGCCGUUUAAUAAAUCUGGGGAUCCACUUGCACGGACAUGCAAGCCUGAUGCAAUUUCUGUGCGGCAACUUUCCCGGGGGUUGGCCAUUUUGUUUAAAUGA